UGUCGCUGAUUGGUCGAUACUUCGUGCCUGGCGCAAGGCGCAAGCGGUGGUCUGGCUCGAAUGUGGUUAUUCUCCGAGAGUUUUUCAUGGCUUUGGAUUGUCGUAGUAAGUAGUAACGCCAAUGUAGUCUUUUCCAUUUUCGUCCCUUCCUCGUGUAAUAGUUCAAGUUCCUAUCUCUAUUCACGUGCGUUCUAACAUUGCUGCCAAAUAAAUCGUAUCGUGUCUUCCGCAAAAAAAAAAGAAAAGAAAUAAACAUUCGUGAAAGAAAAGUGUGGAAAUCGCGUCACCCGUGCGGUGGCGUCGGUCCUCAUUGUCGUUUCGUAUCUAUCUUCAAAUCAGUCCAGAGUAUAUCUAAACAGGCAUUCACUGACAAGAUAAACGAGAAUGGAUGUUGAAGAGGGGGAGGCGAAAAUGUGCAGGCUUUGCGGCCAAAAUGAGAGGUUUUACGUCGACGUGUUCGGCGAGGAGGGCGUCAGACGCUAUCUGGGUCUUAGGAUCCACAGGAAUAUCAACAUCCUGAUAGAUGAGAGGGACCCUCUGCCCAAGGCGAUCUGUGUUGAAUGUGUGGCCAAAGUCGAAUACGUUUGUGACUUCCAAGAGCAGUGUCUACACACCCAACAAAAGUUACGCGAUCAGUACAAUCUACCGCCUUUAACAGAGUCUGCGGAGGUAAAGAACGAAGAAUCAGCUUCCCCGGCGUGUACAUCGUCGACGGAUAAUAACAACAGUAUUGAAAAAAAUCUUAAUUCCACUAGAGAUAGCCAAGUGGAGGAAAACCAGAGCGAUGUUAACGUCAUUGUCAUUGUCAAGGACUCGGCGGAGCAGCAAAAGAAGAAAAAUAUCGUUUCGAAGACUUUGAGGAGUCUUCGCAGUCAGCAACAACAACUUUCCAGAUACAGCGAUGAAAUUAAUAUAGAGAAAAAUCAAGUACAGGAUCAAAAUGUAACAGAAACAUCGCCAAUUCGUUGGCUUCGAAGUAGACAAAGCGCGGACUCAUCAUCAUUGUCAUCGUCAUCUACGGUAGAUAACGAGGAGAUUCCAAUAGCGAAUAGGCUGAGAAGUCACAAUAAUGUAGAAAAUAAUAUCAACGCUCGUUCAAUAAACAAUAACAGUAACAACGAGAAUACGGAUAAACAGAAUCCGAAGCAGCAGCAACAGCAAGAUUCCUCAUCAACGAUUCAGCUGCCGACUUCGGCGUUGAGUAAAUUAUUGAAGAUCGGUCCUAGUUCUCCCGAUAUUGAGAUCUAUGUAAAGGAGACGAGAAAUCGGAAUAACGAUGCCGAGGAUAUCAGUUUUACCGUGGAGUUGUGUAAGAAGCAAAACGAUGAUGUAUCGACAGUGCGAGCGCGAGUAUUUCCCGAUCAAGGCUAUUGUCUUGUCGACACGGCGAUUGUAAGUCUCUUGCAGAGCGACAACAGCGUAGAGGUGAAUGGCAUUAUCAGUGACAUUCUCAGCGGCACGUCUGCAAAGAAUAGCAGUGCGGCAGCAAAGCUUAAAGAUCUAGCGGAGCUGGAACAACAGCUGGAGGCAACGCAGAAUCCGGAGGAGCUGUUCAAGAUCGACGGCGAGGAGAUUAAAGUUGACGAUAACGUGGAGCACGUGAUGAACGGUACGCAGAACGGUUAUGCGUGCAAGCUCUGCCGCAAGUUUUAUGAACGCCGAGACAAAUGCACGGUGCAUGUAAAGACGCACCUUGGUAUCAAACAAUAUACAUGCGUCGUCUGCAACGCCAAAUUUGUCUGUAAGUCCGACGUGAUGAAGCAUAUCCGAUGUUCGCACACCAAUCCUCGGCCUAUACAGUGUCCCAAAUGCCCGAAACGAUUUAAAUCCAAAUUUUAUCUAGCUGAACACGACAACGUUCAUAAAGGCGUGCGACCGUACAGUUGUACAGAUUGUGGUCAGAGUUAUCACCACAAGGUUUCGUUGCAGAUUCACAUGAAGUCGCAUCUACCACCACAGAAUCUCGCAUGCGAAUACUGCGGUAAAGUUUUUCCGUUUCGCACACGAUUACUCGGUCAUAUCGCGAGCGUUCAUAUGAAAAAACGGCGAAAUUUUCGUUGCCGCUUCUGUUACAAUCUCUACUCCAGCUUAUCGGUGUUGAACGAGCACAUUAAAACCCGCCACGCAACCACGUACACGUGCGACACAUGCAGCAAGACCUUCAAAGUUGCUUCCAAAUUUAAAGCGCACGUGCUGCAACACUCCAAUCCCAAGCCGUUUGUAUGCAAUAUCUGCAACAAUCGCUAUGCGUCUAAGGCAUUUCUCAAUGAACACCUAUUAAAACACGAAGGUUUGCGCAAGCAUGUGUGCCAAGAAUGCGGCGCGAAUUUCGCACAAGCGAGUCAUCUUGCCGCUCAUCGCCAUGUACAUGGUGAGAAGACGCACGCUUGUCCGGAGUGUGGCAAGAAGUUCAAUCGUCGAGACAAUAUGAAAGUACAUCGGAAGCGGCACUUUGAGGAGAAAAAGACUGCUGCCGCCGGCAAGCAAAAAGGCAUGUCUAAUAGUAAUGAUUCGGCGACCUCCACCGCAUUGAUUAAUGAGAAAUAGUGAAAAAUCAUCAUUAAAGAAGACAGAGAAUCGUCAUUCAAGAAGUUAGAAAUAUUCCUUAAUAGACUGAAUCACAGAAAUCACGGAAGAUCAAAGGAGAAAAAUUCCGAGAUUGAGUACUUGAUAAGAGUAUUACGAUGGAACAUUGCUCAAGGGAGACGAUCAUUGCGCGUAUAUAUAUUUAGUGCUCCGACAUAUUUUCGACGUCAUUCCUGACGCUCCUACGCAUAGCAAUAAAAGAGUAAACGAUCUUUUUUCUCUUGUCUAUAAAAUAUUAAUUGUCUCUAUAAAAGAUACAAUUUUAAUUUUUUAUUUUCUAGAGAUUAUAUAUAUAAGAAUCUUUUAUAUAUGAACAUUUACGAGUAAUCUUUUCUUAUAUAAAUCUUUCUUUGCAGUUUUGCAAUCUUUUUCUUUCUUUCUUCCUUUUUUCUCUUUUUAUUUUUUUCCUUUUUCUUUUUUUCUUAUUUUUUUUUCUAAAAAUAAUCGGGUUUGUCAAGUUUCGGGAAAUUAUGAUACCUUUUCUGUCUUUCUCUAUUCGGCUGUUUAUAAUAAAUAUUAUAUAUCAUAUUUCAAAAUAUGAUGCAUAAUCUGUAAAAGCUGUUUCGUUUUUUUCUUUAUACUUUUCUUUUGAAUAUUCAGAAGAACAGCGAAUACUCGAGAAAAGUUUAUCCUAUUUUGUAAUAUAGGCAAUACGUUUACUGUCUCACGGCCAAAAAUAUAAUUGUUCGAAUAAUCGCAUAGUUUUAUUAAAAAUUUAAUGACAUUGUAUGCGUAUGUGCGUGCAUGUAUGUGUAUUUACGUGUGAAAUGUAUUAGAAAUAGGGCUUCCAAAAUCAAUAAUCCCACAACAAGGGUAGAUAUUUUCUAUAUGUCUUUACACGUAAUGUGUUCAUGAAAAAACACAAUGUUGCGAUAAUCUGUGCGUUUCAAUAUUUUUUAGAGUGCAUUUUACAAUAAAUGUCGUUAAAAAUAUAAUAUAAUAAUAUUAAAUACGGACUAGUGUUGGAUAAAAUAUUACUUAUUUUUUGUAAAAUGUAUGUGUGUAUAUAUAUAUAUAUAUUUCCUUACAAACAACGACAUUGAUAUAAAACUACGAAAAAAAGUAUGGUGCAAGUGCCUUGAUCCAAGUUUUUGAUGUAAAAAAAUAAUCUAUGAACAAGUUGGUUGCAAUUAAUGGGAGAGAUGUUAUGAGCGAUAAUUUUUAAAAAAUUAGAAUAAGCGGCGAUAAAACAAGAGGGAAUAGAGAUAUUUCUGGUUAGGAGUUAUUAAAGGAAGAAAGUUUUGUAUUGUGCGAUUAUACACAGUGCAUUCAAAAGUUCGGAGACUGAUUUUUCUCUGGACGUACUAACUGCACUAUCUCUUGGCCUGGGUCAAGUUACUAUGAUACUUCUUGAGUCUGCCAUAUUUUUUUGCCGCCAUUGAGUCAAUAGUUUAAAGUUUGCGUGCGUUUAAAAUUUUUAAAAAUUUUUGUCACGAAAAACUGUCACGAUUUUCAAAAUGGAACCGUGAUUUAGUUCUGUUUUAAAUAUGGAAAAACUGCAACAGAAACAUAUUAAAUGAUGCAAGAUGCAUUUGAAAUAGAUUGCCUAGGAGGUAGUAAAGUGUUCUUGUGAUAUGCACGGUUCAAGAGUGGCCGUAAGACGCUUGAGGAUGAUUCGAGAGAAGGAAGCUCUUCCACGAGAAUGUCAAAUGUGUGCGCGCGCUUCUCGCGCAAGAUCACCGACUGACGAUCGAAAUGUUGUUGCACAAAUUAAACAUUAGUGUGGGAAGUGUUUACACUAUCGUGCAUGACGUGCUCGGCAAAAGAAAAAUGUGUGUGAGGUCAGAGGACACCGGAGCAGAGAGAGCAGCGUGUUGUGGCGGCGCAGAAUUUUGUUGAAUGAGCCGAUGCCAACCUAAACACUUUACUACGCGCUAGACAAUCUUUUCCAAAUGCAUCUUGCAUCAUUUAAUAUGUUUCUAUUGCAGUUUUUCCACAUUUAAAACAAAACUUAAUCACGGUUCCAUUUUGAAGAUUGUGACAACGUAAAAAAUUUUUAAAAAUUUUAAACGCACGCAAACUUUAAGCUAUUGACUCAACGGCGGCAAAAAAAAUAUGGCAGACUCAAGAGACAUCAUAGUAACUAGACCCAGUGUAAGCCAAGAGAUAGCGCAGUCAGUAUGUCCAGAAAAAAAUCAGUUCCCGAACUUUUUAAAUGCACUGUGUAUUACGACUGUGUAUAAAAGAAAUUUUGAUUAGAUAUUUAUAAUUAAGUAUUCUAUUUUUCUUAUAUCAUUAGUUAAGUUCUAAGCAAUACGCGCGAUUUUAUACAUAUGUGUGAUUAGAAGGUGAUACUCUUUCUAUCGAGACAAAUGUUCAUAUAUUAUGCGUAACUGAUUAGUGAGCGAACACACAACUGUAGGGUUAUAAGUUUCCAUUAUAAGAAGCUUGUUUUACGAUUCCACCGUUGCCUCAAUAAAAAUACGAUAUUUUUGCGA